UUUCCGCCCGGCGGCCGAGCCGAGGCGGGCCCAGGCCGCCGCCAUGCCGAUGAAAGGCAGGUUCCCCAUCAGGCGGACGCUGCAGUAUCUCAGCCAGGGCGACGUCAUCUUCAAGAGCUCGGUGAAGGUGAUGACCGUGAACUACAACACGGCGGGAGAGCUGAGCGAGGGGGCGAGAAAGUUUGUGUUUUUCAACAUCCCCCAGAUCCAGUACAAGAACCCCUGGGUGCAGAUCAUGCUCUUCAGGAACAUGACCCCUUCGCCCUUCCUGCGGUUCUACCUGGACACCGGAGAACAAGUUUUGGUUGACGUAGAAGAUAAAACCAACAAAGAAAUAAAUGAGCACAUUAAAAAAAUCUUGGGGAAAAGCAAAGAAACACUUGAAAAAGAGGAAGGAGAACGGAAAAAGCUAUCACAUCCAGCAACUUUUGGGCCCAGGAAGUAUCAUCUGCGAGAAUGCAUGUGUGAAAUUGAAGGCCAAGUUCCCUGCCCUGCUUUUGUGCCACUGCCCAAAGAGAUGAGGGGAAAAUACAAAGCUGCUAUGAAAAAUGAAGCAUCAGCCUGACGUCUCGUGACAGAGUUGUUUCUCCUCAGGGCUGGAUGAUGAAGGUACUUCAGUGGGAGACAAGAGCUAACGGCUCCUGGAAACAGGAAGCAAGUUCCUAUAAUAGACAAACCUUGUCUCACAAGUCUUACGGUUACAACUAGAAUAAUUAAAGUGACAAAUAAAUGUUAAAACCCCA